AUGCUCGCAGCGACCAAGCUCGUCGCGGCUCUCGUCGCCGGUCUCGCGGCCGCGUCGCCCCAGCCGUUCCAGAUUGGGUACCCCGUCCCGCUGAGCCUUCGCGGGGACCAUAGCGGUCCCUUCAACCACACCAUUCAUCGCGACGGCGCAAGCUACCUCUCGGUGCAUUUCACGUCGAUCGCGUUGCCCCCGGCGGCGACCCUGUCGCUAGCCUGUGCCGAUGGCGCCAAGCAAGUGUCGUUCACGGGCGCCCGCGCCGACUUUUACACCGAGUCGUUUCCGUGCAACAGCGUUGACGUCGUCUACUCUGCGCCAACGUACGAUAGCAGCAGCCACGCGCCGGUGUUUGAAGUGGACCAGGUGAUCCAUGGGAGCGCGCAGUCGAACGGCAUGCUUGAGACCAUCUGCAGCAUCACGGACGAGUCUCGGCCGAGC